UCCCACCCGCGCCCGAAGUAGGAAAGAAGGAAAGCUGCCGCCUGCAGGGAUGCGCCUCGCCCGCGCGGCCCCUCUUCUCGUCCGCUCGGCGGCGACGACGGCCACCGCCGCCCCAGCGGCGGCGCUGAAGGCGGGCGACGCGCUGCGGUCGCGCCGGCGGCGGUUCACGGAGGACGACGUGGCGGCGUACGCGGGGGUGAGCGGCGACCGCAACCCCGUCCACCUGGACGACGCCUUCGCCCGCGGGACGGGCGGGUUCCAGGGCGGCCGCGUGGUGCACGGCAUGCUCGUCGCCUCCCUCUUCCCCGCCCUCAUCGCCUCCCACUUCCCUGGAGCCGUGUACGCGAGCCAGUCCCUCAAGUUCGCGGCGCCGGUGCACGUCGGAGACGAGGUGGUCGCGCAGGUGAAGGCUCUCCAUAUCAAGGCCGCCGGCGCAAGGCACAUCGUCAAGUUCGCCACCAAGUGCUUCAGGGACGACGAUGAGGAGACUCUCGCCAUCGACGGCGAGGCCAUGGCUUUUCUGCCCACGCUGCAGCUCAAAGCAGAGGCAAUGGAGUAACAAGUCUGUUGGUCAGACGCUACUGAAGAAGAUGCUUCAGGCCUUUGGAAGAUGAGAUUGCAGUUUUGUUGGUUAUAUAUAUAGUAUACCUUGCUGUCUUCCUGUUAUGUUAUGAUUGACAGCAUGACCAACGGUCACUUCAAUUUCAUGAACAAAUGCCCACAUUCAAUGGGCUGGGCGAUCAUUCCGACUGUGAUCGGAAGAAGCUGCUGCAGCAGUCAUUGUGUUGUUUGUGAUCAGGUACAUGUUUCCAUCAGUUCAUGCAUCCGUCGUUGGAUCUUUUGUAAGGGUGGAAAAAUCCUGUUGUGAAAUAAUUUAUUCUCAUUAGUAUGUCA